UGAGGAAUGGAAAGUUCGCAAUUUGUGAACUGAUGCGUUACAUUUGACCUUGUCUUUUAACCCUUUCCGUAAUUGUGGUUUAUGUGAAGAUUAAGUGAACAUGAUAUUUUAAAAUCCUACGAAGCCCAACUAUUACAAAACUUAUCGUUUUUGACUUUGGUGACUUAAUACGUAAUAUUCUCCUGAGAUUCCUAACAAUUUUCUUUCAUCCAUCACAAAGCUAUCCUUGCACAUCUUAUUGAGGUUGAGCCUCUCAAACAUAACAUGAAAUCUGAUUCUUAAUGUCUGGUUGGUCAGUAAAAGAUGCUACCUUAUUUCGACUAUCAAUUUCGUGUUAUCAUAAUUGGUGAUAGUAUGGUUGGGAAAUCCUCCUUAAUGAAAAGUUUCGUAGAAGGGAAUUUCACUCCUGUUUCAGAUCCCACUAUUGGAGUUGAUUUUUUCUCACGAACUGUUCGAAUCCAAGAGGAGGUCUUCGUUAAGUUGCAAUUAUGGGAUACUGCAGGUCAAGAAAAGUUUAGAACAAUAACUUCGUCUUAUUAUCGCAAUUGUGUUGGUGUUGUAGUUGUGUUCGAUCUUACUGACAGAGAGACAUUUGACCAUGUUGCUGAUUGGUAUGAAGAAGCUCGUGGUUCAAUUAAGUGCUCUGCUCCUGUGUUUAUAAUAGUUGGUCAUAAAGCUGAUCGUCGUAAUGAAAGACAAGUUACCAAAAUUGAAGCAGAGUCUCUUGCACAGCGACUUGGUGAUUAUAUCUACAUUGAGACAUCUUCACUUACUGGCCAAAAUAUUGAGAAAACUUUUGAACUACUAGCUGAAGGCAUUUACUCCAAUGUUAUUAAAGGAAGUUACAAUGAGUUAUGCGCAGGUGGUGUUUGGGAUGGUGUUAAACAGGGACAUAAUGCAGCAUUGGCUGCUUCUUUAGCAAGUAGAUCAAUACAAUUUGAUCGAAAUGAACCGAAACCUUAUGGUGACUGUUGUUAAAAUAUUAAAUAAAUGUCCAUUUGCAUUCUACACAGUUGUCAUAUGCAUUCGUUUCUUAAAAUGUGUGAAUAAUCUCUUUUUGGUUCUAUAAUUAUUAAAGAAACCUGAUCAUUAUAUUCAUUAAUUAUCUAUGCUUAAUCAACUAAUACAUUAAUUUGACCUAAUUCUAUCAAGAAAGCUAAUAUUCUUUAUUUUUACUGUUUAUUUUCUUUGGUAAUUUUACAUAAUAAUAUGUAUUAUUGGUAAUCAUUAUUCAUUAUUUUGCAUAAAUAUCUCCUAUAUUUCUCUUCACUGUGUUUUUUUCUUUCUUUCUUUCUUUCUUUCUUUCGAUUUUAACAGAAUCAUGUAUACUUUUUGAUAUUUUUCACUUUUGUCUUUGUAUGUUAUAACAUAUUGGUGCUUAUUUCAUUAAUAUUCCAUUCAAACUCCCUAUAGUAAGUGUGGGUUAUGGUUGUGUUGAGUAUAGAGGAUCUAUUGAAUGAAUUGUUUUAGUAUUGAAUCACUUAUUUAAUGAAUCCAUCCAUUUAAUUUAUAUACUUAUAUAAUUAAUCUUUUAUUUGUAUGAAUUUCAUUUUUAUCUCUCUUACAGGUUAUUUUUAUGUUUCAUUUUUUAUUUUGUAAAUUUUCUGAUUUAAUUAAUUGAGAUAAAUUUGGUUAGUUUCAUUAUUUAUGUUAUUGUUUUUUUUUUUACUUACUUUGUCAAUAUUUGUUGUUCAGUGCUUUUUAUUUUUUCUAAAAGUAAUUUAAGAAAUCAAAUGUGCGUUUCUCGUGACUUAUAAUCGAAGACAUUUAAGUAUACUAUACUACGUAUGCGAUACAUUAUGGCUGAAGAAUGCAGCAUUUGUAGUGUAAUUUCUUCGUGUCCCUGUUCCGGUAUGGUGGGACAAGUAAGUAAGUAAGCAAUGAUGAGGUUGGACGUGAGAUACACUAAGUAAAAGUGGGAGAUCAACUGAUGCAGGUGAGUCCCCAUCGGUUAAGGUGAUUAAGAUAUAUUACGUAUCCAACCUACCAAGCAGUGUCAUGGCACCAGUCGAUGAAAUCAAUAAAUUAUGGCCAGAACCGUGAUCGUAGGUUUAAACUAUGAAGUUCGCGUUCGCACGAUAAUCGUGAUCAUUGGUUGGAUGUUUUAAGUUUCUAACUGGAUAUCUUACAAGAGGGUAAUAGAACAGUAGCGCAGUGGUUAAGGCAUUCGACUUUCAGACAAAAGUCACAGAUCCGGAUUCUUUUCCACCUACUCUGGCUUCGACAACUGAGUAGUAUCAAUAGCUCUUACACUCGGUGACUCGAAGCUAGGUACCCGAAUCCGUGAGUUUAAUAGGAUUUUACAAGAAGGCGGUUUAUCAUUAACAAGAGUUCACUUUGAAUUUAUUCAGUUUGUAGUGGUAUGUUAAGCCCACAUAGCUUAUUCUACCUUCCGGACAGGCCAGUCUAUUCAUUCUUCUUGAGUCACGUUUUGACCUUGUUGAUUAUUCGCUUAUCAACCUUGUUUGUCUUUAUGUAAGCGUAUGUGUGCACUUCUUAUCCUAUUCAUCACAUGCUUGUUCGGCUAUAAAUAUUGAUUAACGCUUGAUUAAAUCGAGUUGGCUCACACGCCUUUUCCACUGCGCGUCAUUUCGCUUCGUCCCUCUGAUUGUCUGUCUAAAUCAAUGUGUAAAAAUUAUAUGUAUUCAAAAAUCAUUCUCGUAUUUGACUUAUUUAAUUCCUUUAUUCACUAACGCGAUUCAAGUCAAUGAUUAUAUACGAGGAUUGGCGACAUACAUAUUUCGACAGCAAUCAUUUCAAUAACAAUGAUUUACACCAACAACCUGGAGUCAGAUUAAGAGCCACUGAAAGUUUUAUGAAGUUCGUGUAGUUAUCAUUCGUUAAUUCGCAUGACAUAUGAUCAUUGUCAUUUUAGGAAAAUAAUUCGAUUAGAAAUUGAUAUGACUCGAAAUCACUAAUGAUUCUCAGAUACCUUUCGAUACUAAAAUAGCACAGCUCAUUUACUUUUUAAAUGUGGCUACUGUAAAAGACAAUCUUGUACAGAAGAUUUAUUGAUAAGGACCACAGAUUAUUAACCUAGCAGUGGGGUUAGACGGUCUUGCCCAAUCUCACUAUUCCUCCUUAACUUAGCCAUCGUCGGUGUCCUGUAAACAGCUCUGAUGGAUGUAGAUAAUUUUUGGGUCUGCUACCUGGUGAAAUACUUUUCAACCCUGAGUAUGGGGAUGAUAUAAACUUUUGUUGCGGUGAUGCCUAAGCCAUGCAACUCAUACAGUCAGUUGGCAAUCAGUUUCCGUAGGUAUGAGAUGUGCCUCCCUCUUUUUAAGUGUAAAAUACUUUUACUAGACUGGUAGGACUCUUUAGCUUCACUCACUCUUGGCAGUGAGUAGAUAGAAGUGGUCAAAAAGUUCGUGUGUCUGGUUAGUUUUGAAAGUGGUGACACGAAUGACGAGAUCAGUUCACGUAUAGUGAAACCCAGAGACGUUCAUGCUAAUCUGAUCUAUCUUUGAUGACUUCAUAAUGUUAGUCGGGCUACAAAAGCUUGGAUCUACGAACUUGGUUCAGAACAGCAACCAGUAGUGGUUCUGUUAUAAUGUUCUUUUCUUUUUUUUAUCAAUGAGGGGAACUUCUUCGACUGAAAUAAUCCUUUCCGAUAGUAUUUUUCUUAACGGAAAUACUUCUUCCACUAAUGUUAAUUUUUUACUCGUAUUGAUUUAUUUCUAUCCAUUUUUGUCCUAUUCUAUUAUUGCUUAUCUUCCACUCUUUAGCUCUUUGGAAUUUCAUUUUUAUUGUAUGAGCCAUAGAUAUUCUAAUGCCCCUUUAAUAAAUAAAAAUAAACUAUUCAAAUUAUUUCAUUCAUAUACAUUGAUUAUUAGUGAAAAAAGAUUGUCACAAUGAACACAAAGUACCCUGGAUUAAUAAAAUAAUCAAACGGAUGAAAUAUCAUACUGACUUAAUCAAUACAAAUGAAUAUUAUAUAAUCAAUCGUAUUUGCACUAAAAAGUACUGUUGAAGGAUAAGUAAUGCUCUUAACAGAAACGUUAACAAAGAAUGAUUCUUCAUUUAAGUUCAUAAGCCCCUUGUCGUAUCGUAGGACACGAGGUGACCUUAUACUGACAUUUCGUAUCUUUAAUUAUGAUUUGGGUCUUAAUAUGUCUUAUCUUUUUGCUCCCUCCAGCACUAAUAAUCUCCGAGGUCAUAGCACGAAGGUUCAUAAACCACGAUCUAAUAAACUUAAAAUGGGGUCCCGUUUUUCUCAUCGAGUAGUCAAUGAUUGGAACGCCUUACUCGAACAAGUGGUGUCAGGCCCAUCAGUGACUAUUUUCAAGGAAAAGCUGGACCUUCACUGUAAAGCAAUUUGUCAGGAUUAACACAGGUUCACCAACCUACUAUGCUUAUUACUGAAGACUGGAAUACUGGAAAAUAAGGAUAUCUACAAUACUUUUGGUACCGAAAAAUGUGUCUGUAUAACAUUACCGUUACGAGUUAGAUCACCGUUGAAUCUGCAUUCAAUAUUAUUGGACCGAGUAGAUGCUCUCUCUAUAUCUACUUAAACACAAAAAUAAACUAUUAAUGAAAUGACACAAUGUAAAAUCACUGAUAUCAAUGCAUCCAGUCAACUACGGAUGUAAAUUUGAUUAAGAGAACAGUGAAAUUCUGAAGCAUCGAAACUCUUGGAAUGCCAGGGAAUUUCUAGAGACGUCGAUUUAGAUCUUAUCUACCAAUCUAUUCAGAAAAGAUCAAGUUAUAAUCUGGUCAAAGGUCAAGAGAAUAAAACAAUCAACUUGAAUAAAAAAAAAACAACUUAAAACAGUGAAAUCUACGAGGAUAACCAAUCAUAAUCUAGGCCAGUAAGACAAAUAUGACAUAAUUUACGUGUCGUGACCCUUUUUUUCUGAAAAAAUUACUUUUGAAUUAAAUUAUAUUUGUUUUAAAAAGAAUAAGUAUUCUAUUGAUUCAUCUUUUUAUUGCCAUGACAAUCGAUGUGAUGAAGUACUUAGCACAAUAGAUGUUAAUAGUAAUUGGUUACUUCAUCCAGUCUUUGAAUAAACUUAAGUCAAUGGGAGUUAUUUAUAAAGAAAUAUGAUAAUAAUUAUGAUUGUACAUUGUUGUUACUUUGUAUUGUCGGCUACUACGUUAGGCCCAUGUAACUAAUUCUAGCUUCUGAACAUGCCAAUUUAUCCAUUCUUCUUGAGUCACGUUUUGAUCUUGUUAAUUAUUCACUUAUCAACCUUGUCUGUUUUUAUAUGAUCGCGUGUGUGUGUAUUGUUUACCUUAUUCAUCACAUAUAUGUAACUUAUUUUUGUAUGACUAUAAAUAUCGAUUAACUCUUGAUUAAAUCGAGUUGGCUCACACGCCUUCUCCACUGCACAUCAUUUCGCUCCACUCUCUUAACUUUGUUUCUUCGAUUGUUUGUCUUGAUCAACAAUUGUACGAAAUAUACGUAUUCAAACGUCUAUUCUCGUAUUUGACUUAUUUAAUUCCGUGAUUCACUAACGUGAUUUAAGUCGAUGAUUAUAUACGAGAAUAGCCAAGACGUAUAUUUUGACAACAAUCAUUCAUACGAUCUAAUUGGAAUCAGAUCUCGGGCCACAAAACUGGUGAGCCCUUCGACAACAUCGUCCGAUUUAGUUGACAUCAAAAUAAAGAACCUCACUAAAACUUGUUGUAUGUUAAUUAUUAUAUACAAAUUCCAAAGGAUUAAAACGUACACUUGGUAGAUUGAAUGAAUUGCAUAGUUAUCACUCACAAGGAAAUUUAGUUAACUUCGACAAUUGGAAUUCGAUUAAUCCGUGUGGUCACAUUCAGUUUGUAUGUAAAGAUCACGUUCCAUUUUUGUCCUUAAAAAGUUGUUGAAUAUACAUGCUACUAUAUAUUGAUGGUUGCAGACUUUACAACAAAUUAGAAGUUACUUACAUUUGUAGAAUUUUGGCUACUAAGGUUAUGACAUUCAAGUAAUAGCAACUUAUGAGAAUACUGAAUUGUAGUUUGUUACUAAUAAUAGAUGACAAAUUUAUAGGUAGUUUGCAUGAUAAUUCGCUUUCUUCUUGAUUAAAUUCAUUGUUGAUGAUUUUCCAAAUCAUGGAGUAGAAUCUUCUUGAUGGUUUCAUUGAAUCAAUUUAUAUAAGAAAAGAGAUCACUGUUCAGUUAAUUUACGACCAUUUAUUAAUAAAACGAAAAAAAGAUGAACGAAGUAUAGAAUAUAGACUGGUCAAUUCCUUAAGACUGAAUUUAAAGUAUUGAGCUUGCUACGAGAUUUCAAAGCAUUCGGUUUGAUCUUUUGUGAGGAUUGAAUACAUAACUCCAAAAGUUGAGUAUUUCAGUUCAUAAAUUAAACCUCUACAUUGCAUUGGUAAAUACAAACGUUAGGAUAUACUUCUGUGCCAAUCGGAAUUCCCAUUCAAAAUGAUAUAGAAUCUAUAAUGAUACAUCGUUCAUUUAAAACUUAACGUCACCAACAGUGUAAUGUAAAAGAUGAGGAUAGAAUAAAUUUACGAAGAUGAAUAAAUUUAUUCAACCAUUUUUGUGAUGAAUCUAUUAGGUUAAAUGAUACGAUUGACGUUCAUUCAUUUUUUGACCCAAUUCAUAUUAUUUCUCUCCACUAAAUCAUUUGGUUUAAUAAUGAGGUGUCAUUUUAUGUAUCAGUCUAGUUGCCUGCAUAUCAUGUCUCAGUGUAAAUUGGUUAUGAAUGUGUUAAGAGAUUUCAUUGACUGUGACAGAUGAUGUGGUGAUACUUUAAUUUAUGGACGAACCAAUCAGAUUUAAGAUAACAAGUAUGGGAUUUUAGCGCGAAAUUCAUACACUCAUUUGGCUAAAUACUAUUUCGACAUCAUAACUGAUAUUAGGUUGUGAUGAAAAUACUAAAUCUAGUCCCUAACCCUAGUUAUCAACUGUAAAUCAUAAUUAUAAUUCCUCACACUGCUUUAUAACCCUCAUUUAAUCCUAG